AUGGCAGGGGGUACUAGUAUCUGGGCGAGCAAGGAGGCAAGAACCGACCCGAAGGAGAUCUUUAAUCUGAGGCUUCUUUAUCUCCUUAUAUCGGUGGCCUGGGGUGGAUGGUUCUAUGGCUUCGACACCGGUAACAUUGGAGGCAUUCUCACUUUGCCUUCAUUUGAAAAUGCGUUCGGUCUAAACAACCUACCAACUGCAGAAGUUGAUAAUCGAAAGGGAACGAUUGCGGCAAUGCUUGCGGCUGGUGGCUCCGCCGGAGCUCUCUGCGCUGCCCCAACAUCAGACUUCCUGGGACGGAAAUGGUCGGUCUUUCUGUGGGGAUUUAUAUUUGUGGUUGGGGCUGCGAUGCAGAUGGUGGCUGAUUAUGAUGUGCUUCUUGCCGGUCGAUUCAUUGGCGGGAUGGGGGUGGGCGCCAGUUCAAUGCUCACUCCUCAGUUUCUGGCCGAGAAUUCACCUAAAUCUGUUCGAGGAUCAAUGACUGCAACAUAUAACUUGAUGAUCCUAGCCGGUAUAAUGCUCGCCUUUUGGAUUAACUAUGGUGUCUCCCUCUGGUCAUUCCCCGGCGUUGAACAUGAUAACACGCAAUGGAGAACGUCAAUGGGAAUUCAACUCAUCCCCGGGGCUCUGAUGUGCCUGAUGAUACCAUUUGUGCCUGAAACCCCUCGGUACUUGAUUAACCAUGGUCGCUCCGAGGAGGGAAUCAAGAACCUAUGCCGACUACGCAAGCUUCCUAUCGAGCAUCCCUAUGUCCAAACGGAAUACCAGGAGAUCGAGGCGCAGGUACGAUACGAGCAGGAAUGUCAUCAGGGUCACAGCUAUUGGGUGGUGUUGCAGGACAUCUUCCUAAUCAAAAGCAACUUUCAACGGUUUUUCCUCGCUGUUAUGUUGUUCCUGUUUCAUAAGUUCACCGGCACAGAUUCCUUGAAUUACUAUGCACCUGAGAUAUUCGAGCUGAUCGGUGUGAAAGGAAGUUCCAACACUCUUCUCACAACCGGUGUUUAUGGCGUGGUGAAGUUUGUGGUGACCAUCUUCUAUGUCACCUAUCUAGUGGACCGUGUUGGCCGCCGGCUUCCCCUGCUCGUUGGUGCAUGUCUCCAAGCGACCGCAAUGUUAUACCUCGCAUUAUAUCUCCGGUUUGCCGGAACUAACACCGAUACUGUUGGAGGAACUCCUGCUGGUGGUAUUGUUGGUAUUGUCUGGAUUUACAUCUACGCCUUUGGUUGGUCCUUUGGACACAGCGUAGCAUGCUAUGUCGUCGCGGCGGAAAUCUUCCCAACUCGGAUCAGGUCGGUCUGCAUGUCAAUUUGCUUUUUCGUCAACUGGAUUGUCGAUUACGGUAUCACACGGGCUACACCGAAUAUGAUUACUGAGAUGGGAUGGGGCGUCUUUCUGCUCUAUGCGCUACUAACCUAUGUCGGGGUGGUGUUUAUCUUCUUCUGUCUACCCGAACUGAAAGGACGAUCUAUUGAGAGUAUAGAUGACCUAUUUCAGAGGCCGCUGUGGAGCAUGUGGCGACACGCAUACCCCACAGAGGAGGAGAAAGUACGACAAGGUAUUCCGCAAUUGAUGAAAGGCGCCAAGAUUCCGGCCGUAGGAUUCGGGACAUGGAAGGCGGCACCCGGAGAAGCUGCUGCGGCAGUCAAGACAGCAUUCGAGGUUGGGUAUCGGCAUUUUGACUGCGCUCCGUUAUACGGCAACGAGCGGGAAAUUGGAGCAGUGUUUAAAACCACAAAGGUUCCUCGAAGUGAAUAUUUCGUCACGACUAAACUAUGGUCAUCAGACCACCGCCGGGUCGAAUCAGCACUAGAUAAAUCCCUUCAAGAUCUGGGCCUCAACUAUGUGGAUUUAUAUCUCAUGCACUGGCCAGUAACACUGGACCCAUCCCCCAACCCAGCCGAAUAUGGCAAAGAGAAUCGCAAAGUCCAUGCAGCGGGCUGGGAUUUCAGCGACACCUGGCGGGAGAUGGAGAAGCUGUUGGGGACCGGUAAAGUGCGGGCAAUCGGCGUGGCGAACUUCUCAACAGUGAACCUGGAAAAACUACUCAAGACGGCGAAAGUGGUGCCCGCCGUUAACCAGACUGAAAUCCAGCCUUUACUCCCGCAGGAUAAGCUGAAUGCGUAUUGCCGAGAGAAGGGGAUUCAUCAAACGGCGUUUGGACCAUUGGGUGGGUCCGGGAGUACUUUGCAUUCUCAUCCGGAUAUUGUAGAUAUUGCGACUAAGAGGGGGUGUGAUACGGGCAAUGUGAUGUUGAGUUGGGGACUUCAGAAAGGGUGGAGUGUUAUUCCUAAGAGUACGAAUCCGAGGCGGAUUCAGGCGAAUCUUGUGGGAAAUGUUGAGUUGACGCCGGAGGAGAUGGGGAGAAUGGACGCUUUGGCUAUUCCUAAAGGGAAGAGGUUUAAUCGGCCAGAUUGGGGGAGUGUUAUAUUUCAUGAUGACGCGGAGGUGAAUUUGAAGGAGUAGGUACUAAAUCUGCUUCAAUAUGCUGGAACAGAAUAUGUAUAUCUUUCACCAAGUGUACGCCAUCUUAAAUUCUAGCUCUGGCAGAAGAGACAACACUUGCUAUGUUGUUAUAACC